CACUCGUACAAGUGCUCUCCAAACGGCACACUCUCACUUCAGCUUUUGCACAGGAUGUUAUGAAAUCGGCACUCUUGCUGAAACUUGGUGAAGGUCGCUGGGUGUCCUCUCUUGCAUCCACCCACCCACUCUUCACCUGACACACACACACGCACACACGCAUUGCUGACAGCAGACAGCUGAAGCACGCUCAGCUCAGUCCCAGUCCUCUCCCUUCUCGUGUGAGGAGCCCGCCGGUGGAUCGGAGCGAAGAGGCCCCGGGCCGGCGUUGAUUCCUUCUUGCAGCCCAGACGUUUUCUCAGACGGGUAGGAAUACUGAUGGCUGUGACCGACAUUCCAGAGGAUGACCUGGAUGAGAUGAUGCGUGAAGAAGCGGAGGACGUCUUCUAUGAAGACGGAGUGUCUUCCCGUGUCCCGGAGAUCAUGUCGGCCGGCACCCACUCCCCUGGAGGGCCCAACGGGAUCAUACGGAGCCAGUCGUUCGCUGGAUUCAGCACGUUGCAGGAGCGGCGCUCUCGCUGUAACUCGUUCAUUGGGAACUCCGUAGUGCCGAAGAAGCCUCAGUCCAAGCCCAAGAAGCCCCACCUAUCUGGCCAUAAAGGCGGCAGCAGCUCCAGGGAGCCGCAGCCCAAACGGCUGGAGGAGGUCUACACAGCUCUCAAACAAGGCUUGGAUGAAUAUCUUGAAGUUCAUCAGACGGAGCUGGAUAAACUCACAUCUCUAAUGAAAGACAUGAAGAGGAAUUCUCGCCUGGGAGUGCUGUAUGAUCUCGACAAGCAAAUCAAAAGCAUUGAGAGGUACAUGAGGCGCCUCGAGUUUCACAUCAGCAAGGUGGAUGAGCUGUACGAAGCUUUCUGUAUCCAGAGCCGCCUGAGGGACGGUGCCAUCAGGAUGAAGCAGGCCUUCUCCUCCUCUCCCUCCACCAAAGGCACCAAAGAGAGCAUUGCAGAGGUCAACCGUCGGUACAAGGAGUACACCGAGAACAUGAGUGCUUUUGAGAGCGAACUGGAGAAUCUGCUUGGGGAGUUUCACAUCAAAAUGAAAGGAUUGGCAGGCUUUGCUAGGCUCUGUCCUGGAGACCAAUAUGAGAUUUUCAUGCGGUACGGUCGGCAGCGCUGGAAGUUGAAGGGGAGAAUCGAAGUAAACUCCAGGCAAAGCUGGGACGGAGACGAGAUGGUCUUCAUGCCCCUCAUCUCCGAUCUCAUCAACAUCAAGGUGACCGAGCUGAAGGGUUUGGCCACUCACAUGCUGGUGGGCAGCGUCAUCUGUGAGACCAAGGAGCUGUUCACAGCCAUGCCCCAGGUGGUGGCUGUGGAUGUCAAUGACCUGGGAACAAUCAAACUCAACCUGGAGGUGACGUGGUACCCCUUCGAUGUCGAAGACCUGACUCUGUCAUCGGGCAACUUGAGCAAAGCUGCAGCCCUCCAGAGGCGAGUAUCGGUCUACAGCCAGGGUACUCCCGAGACCCCCACCUUCCAGGACAGCUCCUUCUUUAAGUGGCCGCCAUAUCCUGUCGAGCGCCAGCGCUUCUCCUUCCUCCAAAUGCUGCGAGAAACGCUGCUGGAGAAGCUAAGGCGCAGCCGCUCUUUUGGUGACCUGGCCUCGCUCCGGCCAAGGCCCAGAUCCAGUCUGGAGGUCUAUUCCACUUUACCGGACGAUGUCUUUGAGAAUGGCGGCUGCGGUGUGGCCGAGUGCAAACGUCUGUCCUUCACCUUCUCUGACACGUCGGGGUCUUCGCCCAGCCCCGCCCAGAGCUCCUUCUCCCAGAGCCAGUCCAACCCUGAGAUCACAGUCACUCCUCCAGACACAGAUUCAUUACCCACCCACCCACCCCUGCAGACCAGGGAGGACUCCAUUGCAGAGGAGCAUUUAGAGGAGGAAGAGGAGGACGAGGAGGAAGUGUAUGAGGAGGACGGGGAAACGGGAAGCAGAGGGAGCAGGAACAGUGCCAGCCUUGCCAGCGAUGAAGCCGAUGUUGCCGACUCGGAGUGGGAGCGCACCGAGUCCCAGCGCAACUCCAUCUCCAUCUGCGGCUCGGCCGCUCCGUCGCUGUGCUCUGAUGGACACCUGUCCACCGUGGCGCCUGAGGACGUCUUCCUGGACCACGCCGACGAACUAAAGCCGGUGGAGCUGGACACGGAGGAGCCGGGCAACCUGACCAGGCAGCUUGUGAAGAGGUUGACGUCUUCAGAAAUUGUCUCACCUGCCGAAAGCUUGGCUGAAGGCGGCGGGAGUCUGGGCUGGGCGGGGGAGGGGAGCAGGGCUUUCCUGGAGAGCAGCCUGGAGGAAGCCAUCCACAUCCUGCUGACCAAGCUGGAGUCGCUGACCCAUCGCUGCAGGGAGCUGCAAGACCUGGAGCAGGAAGUGAUGCGCCUGGAGGACCUACUCAAGUGUCGUCUGCCAGGUCACAGAAGCCGGUCGUCCAGCCUCAGCCUGACGGUGGAGAGCGCCCUGGAGAGCUUCGACUUCCUCAACACGUCUGACUUUGAUGACGAUGACACCGGAGACGACAACAUAGGCAUCUGCAGUCUCCCGCAGAAAUCUCCACCUUUAGAUACAGACCCAGAAAGAAUUGAGAGUCAGCAUCCGGAGGCCAGAGGACACCUGAGUGAAGCCCUGACAGAGGACACCGGGGUUGGAAACAGCGUGGCAGGAAGUCCGAUGCCACUCACCACUGGAAAUGAAAACCUGGAUGUAGCCAUCGUCAUCCACCUUCAGUACUGCAUUCACCUCAUCCAGAUGCUGACCAGCGGGAUGGCUGUGUGGCAGCGACGCAGUGUUCUCCUCAAACUGUCGGGACAGACGCAGCUGCUGGAGGAGCUGGCAGAGAUCAGCGUUGACAGGCUAGGAGCUGUCACCUCUGCUGCCGACGUUCUCCCGAGCCUUGCAGAGCGCCCGCAGCUGAUGACUCUGUGGUCAGAGUGCAGCGGCUCUGCGGGGCUUUUCCACACUACGCUGGACCGGGUUUUCAAGCACAUGAACCAGAGCUACUCAGCAGUGCUGCAGGAGAGACACCCACACAGCGCUGACACAGUGAUUGGCAUGGUUGUGAGUGAGAUGGUGGACAGGAGCGACCUGGCUGCGGCGCUCGGCCCUCCUGCUGCGGUGCUCUCCCGGGACGUCCUGACUGUGUUUCAGUUCCACAACUACAUCCUACAGCACGACGUUCAGGACAUGGAGACUCACCUGUUGCACCUGGCCAGAGAAGAGGGCUUCGCAGAGAUCCUGUGCAGUGAUGAUUUCUCUCGGUGUCUGGCACAACUGGAGGAGGUGCCUUUGUCGACUCUCUGGCCUCGAAGCGGCACCCUGAGGGCCCUGGCCUCCCUGCUGACAGCAGAAGACCCCCGGGUCAACAAGGCAGCAGCCGACUACUUCUCCUCUGGAGCGUCAGACAGACACUUCAGGACCAGGGCUGUAGAGUACUACACCCAGGCGCUGUCAGAGGCUGGAGUUCAGAGCCAGAGGGCGGCCUGCUCGGCUCUCAGCUGUCUGCAGGCAGUGGAGAGCCUGAAAGCAGUCGUAGCUCUGUGUGAUUCAGCUGAUGAGGAGCUGCGCCAUGUCGCCAUAGAGACGCUGCUCACAUUUGGCGAGGAGGGGCAGCUGGCGUACGAGCAGCUGGACACUGUGGUUGGGGAUAUGAUCCGUCUGGGCACGCGGAGAGGAAACACCGUCACCACCGCCUUCUGAAUCUUCGAGCCGCUUAAAACCUAACAAACCUGGCCGCCAAGGGACGACGUCGAGCUCUCCGAGCUGCUCUGCUUCUUCAUCUGAUGGCAAGAAAAUGAUUUAUGUUCGUAGCUGCCUCUUGAGAAGAACUAACACCAAACAGACGGUCGUAACACACAACCUAUACCCCUCCUUGAUCCAGACCUGGACUCUUUUUACUUUAAUACGAGAUAACCCCCGCACUCCUCCUUUCUUAACUUGCUUUCUGAGCCAGGCAGGCCAAGUCUCAGACUGAACUGGAAGCGAAGCUGGAACUUGACUGGACCCAAAGCUGCUGCUGCUGCUGCACAGAUCGUGGAUAUUCCUGCAAAGCAUCCUCUCCUUGGAAACAAGCACACAACAACCACAUCACUUACUAUAAAGGAAUCUGGUCAUAUAUACAGACCGACGUGACGCUUAAUUAUUUUGUGAUUUAUGAGUAACUAUUGCAGCAUGUUUUAGUUGCAUUGCUUUUAGGUGCUUCCAGAAGACUACACUAGUAAGCUUGUAAAUGCAGCAUCUUUUACACGGCUGGAAAAUACACCUGGUUGUGUUCACAGUGUAAUAUGAUUCGUGUUUUCUGGUACGUUCCAUUUGAUUUUCAGGGAUUUUGCAGAGGCUGAAAGACAUGUUGGUGGAAGAUGUUUUUUUUUAGUAGUAAGUGAAGUCAGAAAGCAGUUUACAGCCUUCUUUGUGAUGAGAUGAAGCAGGGGCUCACUUGUUCCACUCGCUCAGCAGUUUUAUGUCUGAGCCUUCUCACGCUUGCAGUUUAACAAGUGCAAUCUUUGUUUUGUACAUAUGAUUUUUUUUUUCUUUCGUUUUCGUGCACCUCGCCGAUACGAGGAGCCCACUGGAUGAUGUCAGCUUCGACCGCCUGAGCCUUGAUGAGGUCGAGGCAGCAGAUUCCACAGAAACUCUUUUUGUAAAUGUAUUUUUCCUGCCGGGCCAGGAGCCACUGCAGGGUAUUAAAUCCGGCUCGGGAUUUCUAGAGAAUGCACGUUUUAGCAUCUGAGAAAAGAAAAAAAAAAAGAGUAUAGGAUCUGAGUGGUAUCGUAGCCUUGUUUUAGGCUAACUGCACAUUUACAUAAUGAAAGGCUUUGUUUUUCCACAUCUCUAAACGCUGUGUGGAAAAAAAUGACCGGAGGUAAGGAUCUACAGGUGCAUCUCAAUAAAUUAGAGAAUACUUUAAGGUUAAAAUAAAGUCAUGGAGUUCACAAAGCAAAAAUUGUGCAUAGAUUUAUUAGUGAGUGGUAUUUCAGUUAUUUAUUUUGGUUCAUUUUGAAAGUUCACCAGUUGACAAAAUUUAGCUCCUUAGCUGUGCGCAAUCAUUUUCAAAAUAUUUUAGGUAUCAGUGACACAAAGUAAGUUUUUGAAUUAAAUUGAGACUAGCUUUUAAAUUAUAUUUUGAUUUAUUGAGCUGCACUUGAAAUGCCUGCUUGUAUCAUGCUACCUGUACUACUGAGUCAGGUGCUAACGCACCAAGACAAACAUUCACAUAAAAACCUGUUUCCUAUUUAUUGUUUACUCCUUGUAACUCUACUAUUCUUUUGGAGUUAAACUGCAGUAGUGCAGAAAAAUCAUGUUCUGUGAAUAAUUUUCAUAUUUAUGUUGUAUUUUCAGGUCUAACAUGAACUGUUGACCUUGAUAGUUUUAUUAUGAUCUUGUAAACUGAUGGUUCAUUUUAAUUGGAGUUUGUUUUAAUAGAAAUAUAUUAGAUUAUAAUUUUUGGAGGAGAUUUGAUAUGUUUUCUUCAUUGAAGUAUCAUAAAGAUUUUGAGACUUCUAUAUAUUUAUAAAUGUUACUUUAUCAACUAGAAGAUUUACUGUAACCAAAGGAAAUGUAAUUAUAAUUUUGACCAUUUUUUAGCAAAAAAAGAGCUAAUUCAAGAGAAUGUAUUUUCAAUAAAACAUUUGCAUUAAGGCCAGAACUCAGAUCUAAAAGAAAAAGCACAACUUAAAGAAUUAAACCCACAAUAGAUGGAUCUUGUUACAUUUAGAUGCAACUUCUGAAUCCAGUUCAAAGCCAUAUUAAAUAUUCUUAUACAUUAUUUUUCCCCUUACCUGUAAAUGUGUGAACAGUUAUUAAAAGAUUGUCAUUUGUUUUUCUAUACAACUUUUUUUUUUUUUUUUUGCAAAGUAUGGUCCAAAUCUGAAGCAAUUUUCAUUUCAUUAUGUGCAUAUAGCAGUACAGUAUUUUUAGCCUAGCAUCUAAAUUAACCCACUCUGUAUAUAGCAUUCUCCCUUUUAUGAACUUGCAGUUGACCAGUGUUUAUAAUUAGUGGGCCAUGUGAAUCCUAAGCACUGUUGAGUACAUGCAGACAAAUGUGUGCACAUGUGGAGUUAUUUACAGUCUUAACACUUUGCUGAAAUUGAAAUUAAUUUAUGGUCCAUAGCUUCAGCACUGAUCCAUCUACUACUCAUCUGUUGUGGUCAGCAGUAUUUCUUGUGCUACAAUAUUGCAAUAAAGUAUAUUUUUGCAUAUUUAAAA